AUGGUCUUAGGACUGGAUAAGCGUGCACUGUGGGGCGCCCUGCCACUACUCGGAUUUGCCAUCGGACACUUCCUGGACAAAAAAGAAACGGAACGCAUGACCAUGUUCCGGGACAAGAGCGCACUGUACGGUCGCUCCGGUGGCAGCGGGGAUAAGGAACCAUCCUGGUAAUCCUGGCAGUAGUCAUACAUAUAUAUUAUUUUUUCCCACUCACUGUUAACCAAUAAACCGGAGAAAUGUGAAAAA